UAAUAAAAUUAGGAAAUAUUUUGAUAAAUUUUAAAUUCAACGAAACCCUUUGACGUAACUUCACCUGUAAACACUAGGAAAAAUGAGAAAAUUUUUAUUAACAAUUUUCACUUGUUCGACUCUGAUGAUGAUGACUACCACUACCACAGGACGUGUCAAACGUAGCUAUUCGGACCAAAGUGUGCACGGCUAUAUGACGGAGCGCACCUGCUGGUGGAAUGAAGUGUGUAAGGAGGAAUUUCAAAGUCUAUUUCGUUGCAAAUGUCCACAAUUUUCCUACUGCCGGUCACCGGGACGUUAUUACAAUGCCUAUUGUUCGAUGACUGACACCGGUUAUAUAUGGACACAACCCACUUGGGAUUGGGGUCCUUGAGGGCAACUACUUCAGACACAUUGAAAAGCCAUUCAUGUUAUAGUUAAUUAAAGAAGGUGCUCUUCAAAUUUAGACCCUAGCAAAUACGUGCACAUGCAUAAUUGCCAACAUAUAUACCACCAACACAAACGUAGAUCUCCGCACCCUAAAAUUGAUUCUUCCAAACACAAUAAUUAAAUGCACAUAUACAAUAUGAACUAGUAAUACUCAUAUAUAGGAUAUUUAUCUAUCUUAUUUAAUAAUCUCAUAACGAUAUAUGUACUAAUGAGUAUAUAUAUAUAGUAUAUAUAUUAGUUAGUAAGUGUAACUUGUUGAAU